UAAACUAAUAAUAAUAAAAGUUGUGAGCUGGUGUUAUCGCGUGAUUAUCUUGUAUCGUUGCCAGGAUACGUGCUUUUAUUCCGACAGUUCUGGCCGGAAGUGAAGUGGUGACUCGGGUCUCUGCCGCUCUGAGCCUCCUCUCGGGAUGUCGGUCCACUCGCCGCCGCUGUUUUUUUUUUUUGCAGGGAGUAGCUUAUUGCUGAGCAACGGAGGGAGAGAAGGCCACCACCGCUCAGAGACAGACUGAACUGCAGCGACGGCAGGCAGGGCUGGGCUCCACGCACUCACACACACACCUUCAACAGCAGGCAGCACACAGCAUAACGAGAGGGGGAUGGCCUAGCUGUGUUGUGCUGCCAGCGGUCUAUCAGCAGUGAGCUACCUGGACCAGAGGAGGCGUCUCCACGAGGCAGCAACAGGACGCAGCCAUGAGUGUGACCUCCUGGUUCCUGGUGAGCAGCGGGGGAACUCGCCACCGACUCCCCCGGGAAAUGAUCUUUGUAGGCCGGGAUGACUGUGAGCUCAUGCUACAGUCCCGCAGUGUGGAUAAGCAGCAUGCAGUCAUCAACUACGAGGCUGGGACUGAUGAACACAAGGUCAAGGACCUGGGCAGCCUGAAUGGGACUUUUGUGAAUGAUGUCCGCAUUCAGGAGCAGAUGUACAUCACUCUGAAGCUGGAAGACAAGCUGAGGUUUGGAUAUGAUACCAACCUGUUUACCGUGGUGAGAGGAGAGCUCACUGUACCAGAGGAGGCUCUAAAGCAUGAGAAGUUCACCAGUGGCCUCCAGCUCAGCAAGAAGCCGUCCAGUGGUGAAACCACUACCACAACGACCAGGUCUCCCUCUAAGACCCCAACAAAGACGCUGAAGUCCCCCAGUGGCGGCACCGCGAAACCAGGGGAGAGCAGGGUAGCAGAUGGCCUCAGUUCAUCCAAAGAGCCAUCAGCGAAACCCAUGGAGGCACACAAAAUAGAGGAGAGGAUGGCAGGCGAUGUCGCAGCGCUGCCUCGCGGGACCCCCCUGUAUGGCCAGCCGUCUUGGUGGGGGGAUGGGGACGCAGACGAUGAAAACUCCUUCAAACAAGAAACCAAGUCAUCCACGAAAAAACAUGACGGCUCUGUUUCAGACAGCAAAGAGGCGCGUCGAGCGGAGCGGGCUAAAGAGGACGGCCUUCAUGCGUCCGCUGCCCACGAUUCCAGUUACUUUGAGAUCCCGACCAAGGAGGGUCACAUGGCCAAUAACGGCAUUCAUGAGAUUCCCACCAAAGACACGGAGGGCGCUGCCACCGACAGUCACGUCACUACAGCUCAAGGUCACGCCUCCUUCACCAUAGAGUUUGACAACACUUCUCCCGGGAAAGUCACCAUUAAAGACCACGUGUCAAAGUUCACACCCGACCACCAGAGAUCUCGCUCCAAGAAGAGCGGAGCAGGAAGCGGAGGCGGCGGAGGAAGGGACCUUAGCACGCUACAAGCUGCCAUGAUGGCAUCCGAGAGCAAGGUGGCCGACUGGCUGGCACAGAACGACCCCACUCUGGUGCGGAGCGAGUCAACGGAGGACGACAGUAAGAGCAUCAAGAGUGACGUGCCGGUCCAUCUGAAACGACUGAAAGUAGGCAGCAAACAUGAGGAUGGCACCCAGAGCGACUCAGAGAAUGGACUAGGCCUGCGUUUUGCCAACCGCCGCCAUGCACUCGAGGAGCGCCUAAAAGCAGCGCACGGCCACGCAGGAGGAGGAGCGGGAGGAGCGGGAGGAGCAGGAGGGGGCAACGUAACGGUGAGCGGGACCAAAACAACUGGCAGCCGCACCGCCUUCAUGAUCGAGUUCUACGACGAGGAAAACCCUCGCAAGCGUCGGUCCUAUUCGUUCUCCCAGACUGCACCCCUGCUGGGGGGAGGAGCUGGUGGGGAGGGUCUUUGUCCUCAGCCUCCUUCUCAUCCCAAGGUGUUUAGCAUCUCCACCUCAGCCACCACAGCCUCCGACUCAGGUAAGGUCCCAGCUCCAAUACCAGCCACCGUGACUGCAGGCGCCCCGACAGCUGCCCGCGUGCUCCUGAAGCAGAGGUCAGAGGAUCCGAGUAUCGGCCGGAGCUCGGCCAGUACCGGGCUGGCGACAGGAAGCCCCACGAGCCCCAGCGAGGACGCCUCGGUUGUGGGCAGAGGGGCAGGGACAGCUGGAGGGGAGGCGGAGGACGACCACAGCGAUAAAGGGACCUACACCAUCGAACUGGAGAACAGGAACCCUGAGGAAGAGGAGGCCAGGCGCAUGAUAGACAAGGUGUUUGGUGUGCAGCAGAACACAGACCCCUCUAUUCUGUCAGAACUGCAAGGAGAAGGAAAAGGAAAGGAAACAGGAGAGACUGGGAAAGAGGCUCUUCCUGGUGACUGGGUAUCUCAGUGGGCUAGUCUAGCUGCCAAUCACACCAGGACAGAUCCAGAGGGUUCGGGAGCAGAGACAGCUGCAUUUCUGCUCAAAGAGAGAGGAAUUGAUGCCUUUGAGUCUGGUGCGUCUAGAGGUGAAUCGCCCUCCAGCCUGACCGAUCGCAAGCGCCGGACCCUCCCCCAGCUCCCUGUCGAUGACCCCCGAGCUAAAUCCAGUACCAAACCUCUGAGGUCUGAGAUAGGGGAGAAACAGGACACUGAACCUCAGGAGAAGGAGAACAAGGGAGACGGGGAGUCCCCGACUCCCAUGGACGACAGCGUCAUGACCAGUAAACGGAAACAAAGCUCCACAUCCUCUCCAUCCAAGGCUCCUCUCAGGACCUCCGGCAGCACUGAGCGGAGAAAGAGGUCAGAGGAGAGGAAAGGAGGAGGAGGCGGCGCCGCAGCAGAAGGAGGAGAGAAGUCUGGGAAGCCUCUAGUCCGCCAGGGUAGCUUCACCAUUGAGAAGCCCAGCGGUAAUGUCCCUGCAGAGCUCAUCCCACGCAUCAACAGAGGAAGCAAUGGGCGCGAACGCAGUGACUCUGUGGGGAGCAUGGACACUGCUACACUCCUGAAGGACACCGAAGCGGUCAUGGCUUUCCUGGAGGCCAAGCUUAGGGAUGAAAACAAACUAGACCAGAAAAGCAGUAAAACUGGCAUCACGAAUCAGGGUUCUGGCCUCCCCCCUCGGACUGACUCCAUCUCUCCUGAGUCAGAUGUGGACACGGCCAGCACUGCUAGUCACGUGACCGGAGAAGCAGAGAGGAAAACAGCAGCUAGGGACGUACAAAAACGCCGUUCUCUCAGCAGCAUGCACCGGGAGAAGAGCAACAUGAGCACCGCUUCCAAGGGCAGCGUCACGAACGCCAGCGCCCGGGAACGCUUGGAGAGGAAGACUAAAAGCAGAACAACGGAGUCAACGACCCGGACUGAUGCACGUCGUUCCGUUCAGCCUUCCUCUGCCUCCUCCAGAGCACGGCAGCCCUCUCUGGAUCUCACCGAUGAUGACCAGACCUCUUCCUUCCCCAUUUCUGAUAUUCUCUCCUCAGACCAGGAAACCUACUCUGGACCUUUGGGGCACUCUGGACACGGACGUGGCUCAGACGACGUCCUCCUUUCCAAACUUGACAGCAGGUCCACCAAAACUUCCAACAGUAGUUCCUCAAAAACCAGUCGCAAUCUCCAGGCAGCCACAGCCUCCUCCCUGAGCAAGCAGGCCUCGCUGCCUCAGCCGCGACCCACAAGGGCCUCCCUUCUCCGCCGCGCGCGACUAGGAGACACGUCCGACACAGAUCUAGCCGACGCAGACAGGGUUUCUGUGGCUUCCGAGGUGUCCACCACCAGCUCCACAUCUAAGCCGCCAUCCGGUCGGAAGGGAAUGUCACGGCUGGACCUGCUGGCUCAGCCACGAAGGACCCGCCUGGGCUCCAUCUCUGCGCGCAGUGACUCCGAGUGCACAGUGACCCGAAGCUCCACCUCUUCAUCCCGCCUGUCAGCGGAGACCGCUCUCCGCCUGGGCCUCCGCUCGUCGACGCCCACGGAGAACAGGAUGACGCCCAGGAUGAGAGCCAACAGCGUGUCCAAACUGAACGAGACCAAGUCUAAGACCACAACGUCUGGAUACUGUUCCCCCACAGAGAGCUCUCAGCCUGAACCUGCAGGUGAUGAUGCAGAAGAAGAGCUGAUGGUGUCCAGCAGCAGCAGAUGGAGGCGUCUGCCCCCGGAGUACGGCUCCACCUCGGAGGAAGAGUUCGGCUCCAACCGUAAUUCCCCGAAACACGGAGGGCGCUCUCACGUGCGGCCUCACCACCUCGUCCCGCACCGCAACGCCAGACUCAGCACCACCGCGAGCCCGGGCCCCGGUGCGGCGACAGGUCCGGGUGGAGUGGGAAUCAAGCACCGCAUGAAGGAGCAGGAGGAGUACAUCAGAGACUGGACAGCACACAGCGAGGAGAUAGCCAGGUUAUUCCCCUGUGUGCGCAGGAUCAGCCAGGACCUGGCUAAGGACUUGGCCAUCUUGGCGCGCGAGAUCCACGACGUGGCUGGCGAGAUUGACUCCGUCAGCUCGUCCGGCACCGCGCCCAGCACCACCGUCAGCACCGCUGCAACCACCCCGGGAUCGGCCAUCGACACCCGGGAAGAGGUAGGCUCUGCACGACCCACGCAGCCGGACAUACAGGAGAGCAUGAAAAAGCUGGUAGAUCGGGUGUUUGACGAGAGCCUCAACUUCAGGAAGAUCCCACCUGUGAUUUCAGCCAAUAAGGCACCAGAGAUCAACGGUAAGCCAGUGGAGCUCCGCCCCCGCGCGCCCGACAGCCUGGAACCCCGAGCUUUGAGGAGACGAACCUGGAACCGAGAAGAGGCGGUGUUGGACAGCCUGCUGCUCCACUCAGUUUCUCAGCUGUCCAGCAAGAUCAGACACUCUGUGGACAAGACGGCAGGAAAAAUCAGGAUUUUGUUUAAGGAUAAGGACAGGAACUGGGACGAAAUUGAGAAUAAACUGCGUUCGGAGAGUGACAUACCACUCCUUAAAACCUCCAACAAGGAAUUCUCAUCUAUUCUCCUUGAACUGAAGAGGGUUGAAAAGCAGCUUCAAGUGAUCAAUGUGAUGGUCGACCCAGAUGGGACUCUAGACGCCCUGGCCAGCCUCGGCCUGACCAGCCCCACCACCCCCACCAAGCCCCAAACCGCCAAAACAACUUCCCCGUCUGCCACCAGUCCCGCGUCAGCGCCUCCUGCCAAAGAAUCUCUCCCCGAGAUCCUCCCUGGUCCUGGAUGUUCAUCCGCCUCUGCCAGGGUUCAGACUUCCUCUGUUAGCACAGAGGAACAUGCAAGAGAUACCAGCACAGGAAUGGGGCUAACAGGAGUCGGACUGCCCUUCAGCCGCAUGCGGCCCAGCGGAGAGGAGGCCAUUGCACAGAAGUGAGAAGGAGGUUCAUGUGAAUAGAAGUCUGCAUUGGAGCAAGUAGCUGAUGGUCAGUGUUCAUGACAACUGAGAAGAUGUAGAAAAGUGGACAUUCUGCUUAGUAAACCACUCUAGUAUUCACACAAACAUCCUUUGGAAAAAAAAAAAUGUCUCUUUGGAAGUCGCUUCAGCCUUGACCUAUAUUCCCCAACUAAUCCAUCAUGGACAGAAACUGACCUGAAAGAUUUGAAUGGACUGACAAUUAUAUUUCAACUUUUAACCGCUCAUGCAAACUGGCCAGCGUAACCUCUCUACCAGGCUGCUCUCUCAGUGGACACAUCUCUGUGGUUGUACAGUCUCUUCCAGUCCUCUUGCCUUCGCCAUGUGUCUGGACCCUUUCUACGCUAAGGACAUGCCUUAAAACACGCCCUCGAUAGUAGCAGCUUAACCCCCCCUCGUCCUCUCAGAUAAAUAUACAAGACAACCUGUAAGACUUUAACACAGUCAUUUCAGACUAACAGAAUGCAAUGUAAAAAACAAAUAUCUAUUUACAUUAAACACACUGCAAUAAUUUAUCAGCUGUAUUAGCAAGAAUAUUUCUGCAGCCUUAAUUAACCACUCUGACGAAACUGAAUAGACACGCUUUAUGGCAACUGUUACAGUUAUUUCACAAAUCAAGCAGAGUUACAGAUGUUUUAUACACUUCAGGAUUGCAACUGUCCAUCGAGCCAUUUCUCAAACUUAUAUGUAGAGCCUCCCCAUCUGUUUCACCCUCUCCUUCCCCUCCUUUCUCUCCCAGUAGCUAAACACGAAAACACGUAGUCGUCACCGCAGUAGCAUGUUCGGGACAGAGCUGCAAGUUGAUGUCUGUGUUGUUCUUACUAAUAACGAAUGGCAGCCUUUGGGAGACCAAUGAUUAAUAAUCACUUACCAAAGUUAACGUCUUUCUUGAUAUAGUCAUUUUCAAACAGUAGAGCCAUCUUGAAAUUCACCUUGUUGUGCAAAAGCGGUUCAUCCUCCUCUGCAGUUCGCCUGUUUCUCUGAAUGUCAACAAGUCAAAGACUCCAGAAGCUUAUUUAUUUUAACGAAACACUAUUUUACUCAUUGCUGAUAGAUUUUAUUUGGCCCAUACGACAAAGCCUACAAGAAUCUGUGCCCUUAUUUUUUUGCUACAGCACUACGUCCACUCAAGUGUCCUAUGAUUUCCAAUUGGCUUCUUUUCUACUUUUUCCAGUCACAGGUGACGUGACGUCUUUUUACAACGUGUCAAAGUGUUUUAACUAAAUAUUUUAUAGUAUUUAGAUACCGGUAUUGUACUUUUUGAUGCUUUGUCCUCUUUGUUUUCUCGUCACUAACCAGUGUGAGUACACGCAGAACAUGAGCAUGAUCAAGCUGCUGGAAAUGGUUUUAAUUAACGUGCUAAAAAGAACACAAGUGACUCCCUAGAAGGCCUUUUGUGAUUUAAAACGGAGAAUCAGUGUGUUGAAAUAAGCUCCCCUUCUAUUCUACUUUGCUUUUAAUGCUUCGUAUCGGUGUACAUACAGAAGGAAUGCAGCAUACUGGUACAGUAGCACUGCAGACAGUAUAAUUAACUACAUAUUCAUCGCUGCUUUUGUAGUUACUUUAUGGGGACUAACCAUUUUCUGAUUCUGCUUCAUCUGUGUUCUAGAGUAAGAUAACGGCAGUGUAUUAGUACUUAGAUGCUCUAGUGAAUUUAGGUACCAGGAUACAUGUUCAUUUCAUUCUCUCUUUACUGUACUGUACAAUGGUUUUCAAAGCCUCCAAGUGCCCAUUUUGACAAUAGAAGGGCAUAGGUUAAAAAAAAGUCGAAAAAAAUGUGUAGUUGGCUAAAAAAACAAAACAAACAAAAAAAAGAUUUCUCUUAUUUUGCACAUUGCAUUGAUUUUUUUUUUUAAAUGCAAAAAGAGUGCAAGGCUGCAUUUAAUGAGUGAUAUCGCCUAGUUUGAUAUCAGAAUUGACUGCCUUGCAUGUCUGGAUCUCUUUUGUCUGUACAAAGCAUCUAAUUGUGUUUUUUUUUUUUUCUUUCCCCAUUUUUAUCAGAAAAAAAGAAAAAUGAAGUGAGGGGACUGUGAAUGCUAGGUACAUGUUUGUUUUUUAAAUUCUACAUGUGUCAUAUGAACCGUGUUUUUUGUAUUUUUUUUCUUGUUAUUUUUGUAAAGAAAAGCAGUUUUAUUUAUUUUUUGUUUUCGUUUUAAUAUUAUGUGGAUGUUUCAUUUUAUAUUUGUUCAACUAUUUGCAUUGAUUCCUACUGUUAAUAAAACAGAGCCAUUCA